AUGACUAACCAGACAAACUUAUCUUCCAACGAAUCUCCCACUGCUGUUGCAUGUGAUGUCGAUGCAAGAUAUUAUCCUCACCUGUUUUUGAUUCCUGCUGCAAUAAUUCUCACGAUACUGUCAUUUCUGCGACGAAGAAAGAGUUUCAAGAAAGACGUUUGGGGAGGUCGACUAGGACUUGUUGUCCCAGUAGAUUUCCUUGGUAUUGAUCAUGACCGUCUUGCCACCAUGUUUGUGUUUGGAGCUGCUACUGGAUCAAUCGUCACUCUAGUUUUAGGAGGAGGGAUCGAAGGCAGCAAUGCUUGGGGGAAAGCGUUUCUCAUCGUUGGCAUUGCAAUUGAAAUUGCUUUCAUUUAUUAUCCCUACUUCGCUUGCCUGACGUCUUAUCAUAGAAUUGUUGGGGCAAUGAUGGGCCUUCCUUAUAGUGUGAGCUAG